AGUGCUGCCCGCGAUCGGUCAUGUUACAGACGCCAUAUUUCGGCCUAUGUUGGUUGCCACAUACUAGUGUACAAAACAACGGAGUGCAUCACAAUUUACAUCAGUAUCAGCAAAAAUAUUACGGAAGACUUCUUUGGAAUCAACAGUGUUGUUACUUCGCUAUCGGUCAAACUGCGCACUCUUAUCCUCCGUAUGUCGGAUUUUGGAAUAGCGUCGCUAUCUUUCAACCUUCCUUGCACCCUUUUACAAUGGAGACAAGAUACAAAAGCGGCACCCGCGGCAGCUCAGUAAGAAACAACGGGGGCGGUGGAGUAGUGGCCAGCAGCGGCGGCAGCAACGGCCUAGGCGCGGGCGGCGGCGGCGGUAGGCUGUGCGAGGUGAGACGGGCGUACAAGGCGGCCGUGGUGCCGUGCAAAACGGCCCGACGCAGGGUCCGGGGCAUGAGCAUGGGUCAGAAGGUGUCAGGAGGAGUUAAGGCCGUCAAUCGGGAUGCUGCCGCACCAUACAAACCAGUCAUACCAAGGGAAUUGGCACAGGAUUUCGCGAGACCACAGCGCUUGGACAUGCUGCUGGAUAUGCCGCCGGCAGUCAGAGACACGCAACUAAAAUACAGCUGGAACCAGGACGACAGAUCGCUGAACAUUUUCGUUAAAGAAGACGACAAACUCACAUUUCACCGUCACCCUGUGGCGCAAAGCACCGAUUGCAUACGCGGAAAAGUCGGCUUUACCAAAGGCCUGCACUGUUGGGAGGUGUGCUGGUCGACGCGGCAACGCGGCACGCACGCCGUCGUCGGCGUGGCAACAGCGGAAGCUCCCCUCCACUCGGUCGGCUACCAAAGUUUGGUUGGCAGCACCGACACGUCGUGGGGUUGGGAUUUAGGUACGACAGGUCGUAACAAAUUGUACCACGAUUCGAAAAAUUGUCCCGGAGUGACGUACCCAGCACUUUUGAAGCCGGACGAGACGUUUAUAGUGCCCGACAAAUUUUUGGUCGUGUUGGACAUGGACGAGGGCACGUUGAGUUUCGUGGUGGACGGCCAGUAUUUGGGCGUGGCUUUUAGAGGAUUGAAAGGAAGAAAAUUGUACCCGAUUGUGAGCGCAGUGUGGGGACAUUGCGAGAUCACGAUGCGAUAUAUUGGAGGAUUAGAUCCCGAACCUCUGCCUUUGAUGGACCUGUGCCGGCGCGUGAUACGGCAACGUCUAGGCAAACAGCUUCUCGAGGAAAAAGUGAUGAGCCUGCAGCUGCCGCAAGCGCUACAGACUUACCUUUUGUAUAGAGACCGCAGAUAAUAGCAUUGGGACUGUGAUUAGUGCAGCAUAAACAACAAAAAACAAACCAGACUGACUAUUAAUAUUUUUAAAUUAAACGCGUCUGCUGUCGUCUAGAUUUACACCCCAUAACCAAAUAAUUUAACUCGUGUGUUUAAACAGAAAGGAACUGAAGAAGUGUGUGCGAAAAAAAAUUAUAAAUUAUAACUAUGGUAAGUCUUCUUGCUAGUUUUUGAAUUGUGCUGUGAUGGAGUAAAUCUCUUCGUUAAGUGCUCGUCAUAGUUACAAGACUUUGAUCUCGAGACAAUUCAUGCUUCUCCCUGUCCCUCAUAUGAUUUUGUUUGAGAAGAAAUGCCAUAAAAGAUGAAAAAAAUAAGGUGUACAUAGUUGUGUAACUCAGUCUUCUGAAACAUAUACUCUUUCAGCACAGCUUCCUGAUUAUAGCUUUAUGAGAAAAUAGUUUUUAUUGAAAAUGGAUUUUUUUGAACGAAGUGUAUUAAUCACAUGCUAUGUUUGUAAUAUAGAUUUGUAUAUAAAAUGUUAUCUAGUUGUUUUUACUUUUUUUUUUAAUAUUGCAUAUCAUACCGAAACGUGGCAGUGCGCGCGCUUCCAAGAACCGAAACACAAUAAGACGCAAUUUCACGGAAAUGUCCACAUCCGCAAAACAUCGACUCUGAAAAACAUUUUUAACAAUCGUACCAAACUUAUUGACAUAUGUGAUAUUUAUAUACUGUUUUGGAGAUGUGAAAUUUUCGUAGCAAUUUUCGACUAAAGCCUUUAUUCAAAGGCCUAAAUUUCCGGUUCUUUUCUCAAGUUCAAGCGUUAAAAAAACUUCCAAAAACUCAAUUUUGCUGCGCUGAACUUUUUGACGAAAAAUGUGGCAGGCCACAGUUAAUUUAUUUUUGACAUCCUGCGCGUUUCGGUCAUGACUAAGUGGCAUUUAUAAAGCUAAUAUAAAACCACUCACAUUAUACAAGGUGUUCAAUUAUCCUGUUACAGCCAAAAAUUAACUUUAAGGUGACAUAUUUGUUUAGCUGAAAUUGAGUAUGUUUAAUUUUGUGCAAGAAACUCGAAUAAUUUUUCAUUAUAAUGGGAUAACAUAAACAUUUUGUAUAUAUUAAAAUUCUGAUUAUUAAACAAGAUAAUUGUAAAUGCUCAGGCAAUUACACCAAUAUAUGUAUGUAAGAAUAUUAGACUUAUUUUUGUAAAUAUUAAGUGCCAGUUAUGUAUGCAACGAUUUUGUUCUCUAUGCAAAUGAUAGAAUUAAUUUAGGAUCUCAAUUUUAAUCUCAACAUUUGAAUUUUAUUCAACAUUCGGAACUUUAACCUACCAAUGGAACUUAAUUAACAUUUUGAGACAUUUUUUAACUGGAUCUCAUUUUAUGCGAAAAUAAAUUUGUAGAGGGAACGUAAAAGGUUGCAUAUUUAUGUCUACGAACUAAGGCGUUUUCGACUGCUCUGUUCCAUGAGAUUAUUUUAAUAAUUUUAAGAUUUUGUAGUAAAAAUAUUUUUUGUUGUACAUUGAUUUCCAUUGGUCAUGAAAUGGCUGAGAAUUUAAAGAGAAAAGAAAAAAACACGUGAGUUUAGAGAAUGUCCGAGUGUAUGUAAUUGUCUGUGUUGUGUUAGUUUUUAGAAUUGUUUCAUAUGGAUUUUAACUUUUUGCAUACCAAGUGUUCAUUAGGAAAAUUGUCGAUUUGUUACUUUCAACUGUAUCAGUUUUUUUUGACUGGAAAUAGUGUAGACAAAACUACAAUAUUUGGAUUUGUGACAUUAUUAUUAUUAUUAUUAUUAUUACUCAUGUUCCUUGAAAAUGUGUGAAGGCAAAUAAGUUUCAAUGUAAAAAUAAUUUUAUUUGUGUAAAUUGACACUUAGUUUAAUUUGGCUUGUUCACUCCUCAAGGAUAUUUAUAAAUUUAUAUUUGUUGUAGUUUUUUUUUGAUACCUAUUAAAAAUAAACCUUAUACAAAAUUAUUGCAUUUCAUUAAAGAUACUUGUUUUUGGCAAAAAAAACCGACUUCGUUGGAGACCACAUUUCUUUUAUUUGGCAAAUUUAUUAUAAUUGUAAUUACUAUUAAAAAAUUAAUCAUAAAUUUUUUUGGAUGAUAUUGUAAAGUACAGUUGUUGAUGUUCCAUCGACGAUCUGUUUUGUAGUUUAUUAAAAAAAUGCAAUUUGUAGUGGCCUGGACAAAUUUACUAAUGAUAAGUAGGAUGUUUUAUUGUAUUUCUAAGUUUCGCUGUGAAAGUCCAGGUUUAUUUUAAGUUAUUCAAUGUACGAUUAUAACAAAAUAAUGUAAGUAAAACAUUUAAACAA